GAAGCGGUUGACCUAGAACACCAACGACACCAAAGAAUGAUAACAAUUCCACGAAAAAGGGAAUGCCGUUACCACAAAUGAAGACCCGUAAAAAACAAAGAUAUAUACUGAUAUAAAAGAAAAUGGAAAUCCUUAUCUGAUGAUCUUAGAACUACUGCGAGCGGGGGAAAAAGUAAAGCCUAAGCAUAUAUGGCACGAAAAGGAAAUCCGAUUUCGGUAAGACUUGAUCUGAAUCGUAGUUCAGAUUCAAGUUGGUUUAGUGAUUAUUAUUUUGGUAAAGUUGAUUGUCAAAUUUAUAUUAUAAGAGCCUUUCUAGUAACAGCAUUCCUGCUGGUUUUCUUUCUUCUGGCUAAGAGCGUGGGUGCACCCUACUUACUUUACCAUUAUUUAGGCAAAAGCUGCCUAUCCGUCGUAACACACAUUUUUGGAAAAUGUCUGAAAAUGGUGUCAUGUUGGAACAAGAAGUGGUCUAUGAGUGGAAGCCAUAAUGCCUGUGGAUUGUUGGGACAUGUUGAGAAGCAAUGCAAAAAGAAGCAAUCUCAGCAGCAAGUCUGGAAACCCAAGGUUAAACAACCUGAGGUUCCUGUCAAAACUCCAGAGGUCUCUCAUGAUGAGGAGAUCUAUGGUUGAGACAAAAAUGAAAGUCAAUAAGUUCCCUGAAGUUUCUAAUAACAUCUUUCAAGGGAGCUACAAAUUUCUCAAUUUGUAAAUUGGUAGUUUGGCUUCCUAACUGCUUCCAGGUGGAUGUGAGACACAUGCGUGUCAU